AUGCUGAGUUCGGCCUGCAGGCAUCCGCAGGAGCAACCUCGCCCGGAGAUGCAGCAAAGCUUUUACGAGAGCCGGUGGACCGAUCCUCGGGGUUCGUUUUCUCAGAGUUGCCCACAAGCGCAGUACACUACCCCGCUCCCACGAGCUCCAAAUCUUAGCUUCUCACAGAUGGUGCCAACCCUGAAUCCGUGGACUCACGAUGCUGGAAACUUGUUGGCGGCUCUUCGACAGAUGGGCGCUGUUUACAUCACGGACGACGGGCUGGGUUGCCUGCCGAAGCAGAGCUUCGGGCGCUGGCGGGACCUGUGGUACGAAGCGCUCUUCUACCCGGCAGCUUUCAGGAGGAAGCAGGCGACAAGGGCCUGGCAGCUUCGCUUCUCUCAGGGCGAAGAUCUUCAACGAACCCUCGAGGGCCACCAAAAGUCGCAUACACCAGAUGUGCGCUAUAACUUCGGCCUCGGGGUGGAGUCCCUCCACCGGUGUAACUGGGGUGACCUGCAGUGGGUUUGCGACGAGCUGUGCAACUCCUUCGCAGUCAUCUCCCGACUCGUCUUCAAUGAGCUAACAAACGCGGUGCCUUUGGCAGACGAGCCGCCCAAAACCCUAGGCUCUCUUCUUUACCAGGGUGUGGAGCAGUUUGCUGGCAGCCGGAUGCGCCACUCCAUCUAUCCGUACAAUGGCUCCUGCACAGAGCACACGGACUACGGGGUGGUGACCUUCCAGCAAAGCACGGCAGCUGGCCUUCAGGCGCAGCUGCCAAACGGACAGUGGCUUCCCCUGCAGCCGCCAGACACAGGGGGCCUACUCUUCGCUGGUGACAUGCUUGAGCGGAUGACGAACGGGCAGGUCCGGGCGUUGGUACACCGCGUGUGUUUGGAUCCGAGCCCUGCCAGUUUGUCUGAACCGAGUGCCGUGCGGCAAUCGCAUAUUUUGUUCCUCCAGCCAGACAGGAAUACGCUGGUGCGGCCACUGCGGCCUUUCUGCACCGGCAACGAUAUGCCUCCAGUACGCUACGGUGACUGGCACAAGAGCAAAACCAGCCUGGCGUUUGAUCGAUGA